UCAAAGCAUUAAACCGGUUACACGCACUCUAGAUAGGUUAAAGCACUUUAGUGUAAGCAGGGCAGUGAGGAUCUGACAAUACAGAGUAGGCAGAGAAGGACGACUAGUAUAGACAGAAGCCAGCAAACUCACUUAAGGCCAUCAUUGUGUCUUGUCUCCUACAGAUUACAACACUAAGAGCCUCACUAGAAGAAAAAGAAAAGGGCUGCUGCGUUGGGUGUUUUUUCUUCUGAAGGGGGAAGAGGAUUUGACUCCGUUGCUGCUUGCGGGUGUUUUGAGUUGGUGUCGGAGAGGAGUGGAGAGGGGAGGGGGCUCUGCCAGUUCCUGGAGUCUGUGUCCCAGACGCUGCUACAUUACUCCGACCUCUCAGCCCCGAUUUCAAGAUGCCCCUGACGGCUUCUGCCAAUUUUUUGGGCAAGAGCUACAAUUAUGAUUACGACUACGACUCCUUCCAGCCGGUUUUCUACGAUGAAGACGAGAAUUUCUACCAGCAGCAGCUGCCGGCUCCGAGCGAGGACAUCUGGAAGAAAUUCGAGCUGCUGCCCACCCCGCCGCUGUCGCCGAGCCGCAGACCCAGUUUCAGCCUCUUUCCUUCCAACGCCGACCAGUUGGAGAUAGUCACCGAGUUCCUGGGCGACGACCUGGUCAACCAGAGCUUCAUCUGCGACGCGGACAGCGAGUCGGUGCUCAAGUCCAUCAUCAUCCAGGACUGUAUGUGGAGCGGUUUCUCGGCGGCAGCGAAGCUGGAGAAGGUGGUGAGCGAGCGGCUGGCUUCGUUGCAAGCAGCCAGGAAGGAGCCGGGAGCCCCCAGCACCUCAUCCACCCCUUCCUCCUCUUCUUCCUCACCUCCCCUGCGGACCCCGUCUUGCAAUACUCCCGCUUCGGCUGGGGGUGCCGUCUUAACCCCUCCCGCUGCUCCCAGCUCCUCCGCCGUCUCUGCUGCUGCAGCAACCCCCGGCCACCUAGGCAUGGGGCUGGGCACCGCUUCCAGCACCUACCUGCACGACCUCAACACUUCUGCUACCGAUUGCAUCGACCCUUCGGUGGUGUUCCCUUAUCCGUUCGCCGAGCAUAAAGUGUCGCUGCCCCUCCCUCCCGGAGCCGGCAGCCCCCCUGCCACAGACACGCCAAGUGACUCUGAAGAAGAGCAGGAGGAUGAUGAGGACGAGGAUGAUUAUGAGGAGGAAGAGGAGGAUGAAGAAGAAAUUGAUGUGGUCACUGUGGAGAAGAGGCAGCCCUCUAACAGGAAAGCCGAGUUAAACACAAACACAGUUCGGGUCUCCCGGCCUCAGCACAGCCCUCUGGUUCUCAAGCGGUGCCAUGUCUCCACUCAUCAGCACAAUUACGCCGCUCCCUCCCCCCAGCCUCCCACCAAGCGCCUCAAGGUGGAGAGCAGUCGAGUGCUCAAGCAGAUCAGCACCAACAGCAAGGGGAAGUGCCCAAGCCCGAGGACGUCAGACUCUGAAGAGAAUGACAAGAGGAGGACGCACAACGUCCUGGAGCGCCAACGGAGGAACGAGCUGAAAUUGAGCUUUUUUGCUUUAAGGGAUCAAAUCCCGGAGGUGGCAAUGAAUGACAAAGCGGCCAAAGUGGUCAUCCUCAAAAAGGCAACAGAACACAUACUGUCAAUCCAGUCAAACGAACAGAGACUGAUAUUGGAGAAAGAACAAUUGAGGAGGAAGCGAGAACAACUGAAACACAGGCUUGAGCAGCUGAGGAACUCUAGCAGACAGAAAUAUUAAUCAUUGGCAUUUUUCUUGUUUUUCUGAACUGCCUGAAGGCAUUUCUGCUUUCUAAUUCUUUACAAGAAAAUUCCAGGACAAAGACAUGCAAAUUUGCUGAACUUUCUUCCUGCAUGCUAAUGCAUCAUAGACUGAAACUACACAACCAUGGCCAGGCUAUUCUUUGUGGUGACACUUUGAUUUUGGCCAGAAAUAUGUGAUACUGCCUCAUUAUAUGUUAAGACUCUUUGCCACAUUUUUUCUGGCGGGGUGGAUUUAUCAUGUAUUAGUCUCGCCAAGUUUUAAUUUACAGAUAUAUUUGUAUUUAAUGCAUUUAUUUUUCUUAAAAAAAAGAAAAUCUUAUUGACAGUUUAAGACUACACUUUUUUGUUUUAAUUACCAUUUUGUAAAGAUUUGUAUAGUUAUUAAAAUUCUUGUAGAAAAAUUAGCAGUUUAUGUAAAAUCACUUGCUAAGCAGUUUUGUGAUGAGCUGAAAUUUUGUUGCAAAGUUUCUCAGCAUGUGAAUCGUGCCAUAAAAAAUUUCAUUUAAUCCUUGGCUGUAAUUUCUUUUACUGCAUCACUUUUGUUCAACAUACUGCAAUUGAUUUGUCACAAUAUCUUUUCACUUCAUGUAAGUGUAUGAAUUGAAGGGGAGAGCUGGCAGGCCAAUGUUAUUUGCACCAAGAAAUAGUUGGGCAGGAAAGAGGGAGUGAUGUAAUUUCUAUAAUGGAAAGUAUGUAUUUGAUCUCAACCACCAUUUAUUUCAGGAAAAAUGAUUAAUUGAUGUGAAUUACUCUUCAGUUAUACCAAUGUAGGAAAUGUGCCAAUUAAUUAAGUACUAUUACUUUCUUUAGUUAGGUUCUCCCAGUUUAUGAAAUUAACUUCAUUUUUUUGAACCAAUGAAGUUCACAAAGCUUCCAGAAAGGGAAACGAGGUCGGGUGUGGUUGAUGGAUUCUGAGAAUUGAGUGGAAGGAAAUUAGUUGGUCUUGUCAGCUGGAAAGCUAACUGACUGUAGCUACAGUCAGUGUUUCACCAGAAAUCUCAGCUAGCCAAUAGAAUGAAGUCUUCAAGAUGGUAUCAUUGAUAAUCGUGCACUUUUGCCAGAUGGUCCCACACAAUUCUAAACAUUUAACAUCACUUUCAAAGAAAACAAAUCCAUUGUGCAGAGUUAUCCAUUCUAAGGAUAUGGAAAUCAUUCAGUAUGACCACAUAUAUGCAUCUUUAUAAUUGGCAGUACUUGCAUGAGUGGAGCGUUAACACUGGUGAUUGUUCCAAAUAGCACAUUUAAAUCAUCUCAGUUCUCUGUCAGUAAAAUAAUGUCACUUAAUUUCUCUGAUCUAUUAUAUAUCCACUCAUAUGUAUAAAACAUUGGAGCCAGGCAUGACAGAUACUUGUAAGUCACACAAUGAAUUUCUGAAUGAUAUACAGCAAUUGAAUAGGUAAUAAUUAAAACUUGUACAAUAAUGAAAUAAUCAUAAUGAAUGUGUUGAUAUUCCAGCUUUAGUUAUUUGUAUUGGUUCAUCAGUAA